UCUUUCACAAAUCAAAAGAUAUACUUCGAUUGAUCUAUAAUUAAAGAAUUUUGUACACCAUUUAAAGUUUGGAAAACGCUUUUAGUGUUGAGUAAGGAAGUUUAUAUUAUCGGCAUUGAAUAUGCCGCAUUUUCUUAAUAUUAUAUGUCACCCAGAUCUUAUCGAGACGAUUGCAGAAUAUAUGCAUUUUAUCGAUCUGGUUUCUUUAUCUUGCGUUUGUAGAACAGCGCGAUAUGUUAUUUAUGAUAAUGAUCGAUGUUGGCGAAUGAUUGAUCUUAGCUAUACUAAAGGCAGUAUCCUUGAACGGUAUCAAAAUGCAAAAGAAACACAUUUAGCGACUUUUAAAACGAUACAAUCACUUUUUCGACGUAGUAAUAUUCCAUUAAAAUAUUUAACGGUGAUUAUAUUAGAUUUUUCAGCAAUUCAAUAUCCAGCUGUUCGAUUUAUUAUUUUACAAGCAGGUUUAGGACGAUUAAGAAAGAUUAGUCUUCGACAUUGUCGAUUUAUAUCUCUUAAAGAUCUAAAUAGCAUUCUUAUGGCACUUCAAAGAGUCUGGUCGGGUGAAGAAAGUUAUUAUAAACAAUCCUCUUCAUUAGCAAUUACUCCAUAUGUUCUUAAAGAAUUAAGAGUUCGUUAUAUGAAAGGGUUGCCGAAGUAUGCAAAAGAUCUUUAUUAUAAUUAUAGUCAAUAUAAUCUUUUAUAUAUAUUUAGAGAAAUUGCAAAGCUCUUACGACUAGAGACAGACGUGGAAACGUGUUCAAUGAAUUAUCCGAAUGAUUUGUUGCAUAAUAGAGAAAUAUGUAUAGAUUAUUGGAAUGAUCAUGAACGGGUAGAUUAUAAUAUAUAUUAUUCUGCAGGAGAUUUUUUCUUUAAUUUAAGUAAAGCAUAUAGAAAAUGUGAUAUUCAUUCGGAGAUUGCAAAUUAUAAAUUCUGUGGGAUUUGUCUUCAAAGUUCUCAGUGUGCUAAAUGUGGUGAAAGCGUAUGUCCUCUUUGUCAAGGUGUAAAUCAGUGUAAUUUAUUUUAUUUGAAUAUUCGAGGGCAAGACUCAAAUAAACAUGCGCCAUUGAAAGUUGGAUUUUGUCAACAAUGUGGUAUAUUAUGUAAGAAUUGCAGAAAUAGCGACAUUUUCAAUUGUUUAAUUUGUUUGGUACCUUAUUGCACAAUUCACAUGUCUUCUAAAGUUAAAUAUUACUGUGAAAUUGGUGGUGAAGGUGUUUGUAAUAAAUGUGUUUUUAAAAAACCUUGGCUUGGACAGUGUUUUGGCGGAUGUGGACGCAUUAUGUGUAGAAAAGAAGUAGCAGGAAAAUGUUUUAAAUGCCAUGAAAAUAUUUGUUGGCAGUGUAUAAAAUUAUCAAUGCCUCUUAAAUCAUCGUUUAUGAAAACAUCUGUUACGGAUAAUUCUUCAACAUCUUCAGAUCUUUAUAAUACUUCACAAGAUAGUAACGCUAUUAUUUUUAGAGAAGGCAUGUUAAAAACAAUUUGUAUUUCAUGCAAAGUAUUAGUUCAUAUGAGGAAACGCAAAUUAGAAUCUCGAAAGUUUUGCAUGAUUUAUGGACUAAAGGCUAAACGAUUUACUAAGCAUAUGGGUAGAAGAAGACUAGCAUUAAAAUUAUAUCAAUAUUCAAUAAAACGAAUGCAAUUUUGGACUAAAAAAUCGUUAACUUUACAUCGUAAUAAUCAAAAUAAUUUAAAUAAAGUUGAGCUUUCUCCGAUAGAGUAUAAUAUGAAUUUUACGCAAAUUUCAACAAUACCUUCCCACUAUCUUAAAUUUACUAAUGUAAUAAAAGUUGCAAUUAACGAGGAAUUGGAAAAUGGCAUAAGCAAAAAAGAGUUGGCUGAUUUAAUCAUUAGAAUGACUAAUAAUAUAUUAACUAACUAAAAAUCUUGCUUGAUAUUUAUUAUCAUAUGAUUUAAAACUAUUAAAUAUAUCCAAUACCUAUUUAUAAUAAUAAAAGAAUUAACC